AUGGCCCUUUUUCUCGCAUUCAGGAGUGAAAAUAAGUCUCUUUCUCAACAGGCGCCAUCCUUCUCUCCUCUGUCUGAAUAUGCGCCGCCUCCAAACCCGAGCGCGCAUCACUUAAUAGCCUCCAAUCCGUUCGAUGAUGAUUACAGCUCGCCGUCCCUGAAGCCUCUUCCUCAUGCCAACCCUUAUAUUGGCCACCCGCAUUGGUUCAGUGGCUAUGGGCCGCCCAGAAUGCCACCCAGGAUGCCUUCUCCAUACGGGGCUCCUUACCAGAUGCGAAACCAGCCUCAUCCGCUUUCCCAGAAUCACAUGGGCUCCAACCGGACACCAGGGUUUAAUUACAGUGAAAACCCAAAUUGCGGGCAGCCGCUUAGCAGCAGCAGCAACAACGUCAUGCACUUCAGACCACGUCCAGGAGAGCAUGCCAAUCUUCACAAUCUGAACCAAAGAGCUAGUCCAGGUGGUCCGGAUUUCGGUCCAGAGGGAAAUCCAUCACCACAAAUCACCCCAAACAACACAAAAACAACAUAA